CGAUUGAGGGAGGGACUUGAAGCGCGCAUAAUAUCCCUUCCUCCGCGGGACUUGCUGUAAGCAGGUACAGCAUCUCUGCAGUCCGCCGCUCAGCUGUCAUCCUCAGCUGUCCAGUGCUUCCAGCCUCUAUAGAAAACUUCAAGCACUGCAAUCGCAGGCCCUGCUUCUUCUGUCUGCCGUGUCCGUGAUGAGUUACUACAUGGAUCCAGUUUCUUCCUACCCGGCCCUUCACCCCUGUGACCGUCUGGGCGCAACGAGACAAAGUGGGGGAGUAGCAUUGGGACCUCAGAACCAGCUCCCAGGCGUGGUCCACCCUCAGCAGCAGUUUUACCCCUCACAGCCCAUUCAUCCGCAUGACAUACCGCUACAGGAGGUCCCAGAGGGCCAUGACAUGUGUCCUACAGAUCCAGAGUGUGGAGACGUCCCCCUGUUGACUCCUGGGAGUAAAGAGAUGAUGUCCCAAGCUCUGAAGGCCACCUUCAGUGGCUUUACAAAGGAGCAGCAAAGGCUGGGUAUUCCCAAAGAUCCCAGACAGUGGACAGAAAACCAUGUGGUGGAAUGGCUAACGUGGACAGUAAAUGAGUUCAGUCUGAAAAAUGUUGACUUUGAGAAAUUUGGAAUGAAUGGAGCCAGCCUGUGCGCGAUGGGGAAGGACCGCUUUUUGGACUUAGCACCUGACUUUGUGGGCGACAUCCUUUGGGAACAUUUAGAAAUGCUCCAGAAAGAGGAUACAAAGCAUUACCCCAUCAAUGGACUGACCUCCAACUUCCAGGAAUCUCGUUAUACCUCAGACUAUUUUGUCAGCUAUGGUAUUGAGCAUGCUCAGUGUGUCCCUCCUUCUGAAUACUCAGAGCCGGGCUUCAUCACGGAGUCCUACCAGACGCUCCAUCCCAUCAGCUCUGAGGAACUGCUUACACUCAAGUAUGAGAGCGAAUACCCCGGCAUCAUCCUACGAGACACGGCCCUCAACUCCAUGCAGGGGGACUAUUUCUCUGUCAAGCAGGAAGUGGUGUCCCCCGACAAUAUGUGUGUGGGACGCCUCAGCAGAGGUAAACUUGGUGGCCAGGACUCCUUUGAGAGCAUCGAUAGCUUUGAGAGCUGUGACCGACUGACCCAGUCGUGGAGCAGCCAGUCGUCGUUCAGCAGCCUGCAGCGGGUACCAUCCUACGACAGCUUUGAUUCAGAAGAUUACCCCACCGCCCUGCAUGGCCACAAGCCCAAGGGCACCUUCAAGGACUACGUGAGGGAACGCUCCGACCUCAGCAAGGAUAAGCCAGUCAUCCCAGCGGCAGCGCUGGCAGGAUACACGGGCAGUGGCCCCAUCCAGCUGUGGCAGUUUCUUCUGGAGUUGCUGACCGACAAGUCCUGCCAGUCCUUCAUCAGCUGGACAGGCGACGGCUGGGAGUUUAAGCUCUCUGACCCAGAUGAGGUUGCCCGAAGGUGGGGAAAGAGGAAAAACAAGCCCAAAAUGAAUUAUGAGAAACUGAGCCGUGGCCUGCGCUACUAUUACGACAAGAAUAUUAUCCACAAGACUUCUGGGAAGCGCUACGUCUACCGCUUUGUCUGUGACUUGAAAAGCUUGCUCGGCUACACACCUGAAGAGCUGCACGCAAUGUUGGACGUAAAGCCCGACACAGACGAGUGAAAACAGAACCGAGGGGGAAAAAAAGCAAAAACAAACUGAGGACAAAAGUUAAGGAGCCACAGGGACUGAGGCUUGUGAGAUAGACUUGGUAAUCCAUUUUUCUGGGGGGACCGAAAAGUUUUUUUAAAGACUCGGUGUGGUCUUUGUCAGGUUUGAGCUCCAGUCUUUCAGACCACGUUUUAAAAGGAAGGCAGAAGCCAAAAAAGCCUGUAUUCACAACCUGUUGGAUUUGACGUGCUUACCUGUGUGUGAGUGUGCAUUUGAUUGUGCGCGUGUGUGAAAUGUUACUGGUAUUAUUUAGCAGCUCAAGGCAAGUGAGGCGCUAUUGGGUAGGAUUAUCAGGUUAUCUUCUGUUCCGUUUAGGUAGCAAAGCGGGGGAGACGAGAGCUCCGAGAUACAAGGUGUGAAUGAACAAUGCAGUUCAAGAAGGAACCUUUUUAAAGUAACUCAUUUCUUUUUUGAGUCAAUGAGGAAGCAGGUAAAAGGUUCCUGCUGAGGUAACAGUUGCCAAAAUGUCAUUACUGAACUGAUAUUUACAUCUAUUAUCACUGUUUCUCUUCUGCAAGGAGAGAGUUUUUAGCAAGGACCAAAAAAAGUGUAAUGUUGGAUUUAAUGUUCAAGGACCAUAUGCUUGUGCCAGUAUUAUAUUGUUAGAGCACCUGAUUAAUGUCUCGUAGGCUGAUUACUGGGCAGAGUAUUUCUUUUUUAAAGGGGUUUAAAAUACAUUUCACCACUGAAAGCCAAUUUACAUUGCUCUCUUCAUGCAGAGCAUUGCAGAACUGCUCCAAACUGAGUCAGACAACACUAGAGACACUCUAGCCCCAUGCUCUAUCAGCCUGCAAGAGCCUGUUUGAGAUUACUCAUACCCAAAGAUGUCUGAAAGACAACUGAAAGUAGCCGUUGCUCUUGAAACCGACGCUUUCACCCUUUAUGUACGUGUGGCCACCUUGUUAGGGACACAUUCUGUGACUGAAACAUAAGCAUUUUUGCAUAUGCCUCCAGUAUUAGCAAACUGUAGACAAUCUAUGUGGGGAGAAUCAGGAGUCUUUGGUGCAAAUUAGAUGAACCGUUUUGUCAGUUCACUGUCAAGAUCAACGAUCGUUUUGAUAAUGUUUUAAUGGUUCUGUCUAUUCUGUAAAAGUUAUGGUGAUUUUUACUCAACUUGAAAUGUCAAAUUUAGUCCCUUUUUGUCUGUUAUCUAGCACAUGUUGCCCAUAGAAAGGAGUUAGAAUAGUGUGAUGGUGCAAUGUAGGAAGACUGAGCAGCAGUAGACAAAUGUUGGCUAUGGAGAGUGGGAAUCUGUUAGGUAUGAACAAUGGUCAUGGAAAGGAGGUUUUUCGAAUAUGCAGGUGAUUAUCACUUAGGAAGUAGAAAGGACGCAAGUUGGCUUGUAUGACUCAUGCAGGGUUGAUGGCAGACUAUUCCGAUUGUUGUUUAUGUGUGUUUUAUCAAUUAACAAAAUAAUAUAUGUCUCAGAGAGUGUCGUAUUCAAAGAGCACAUUUAUAUCAAUUCACUGGUUACAAUUUAAGCGAAUUGGCAGUGGUUUCCUCCCCAAGUAGUGGGAACAGUGUCGGUACACUGGGAAAUGCCAAAGUUGAAUAUUAUCCUAAAAUACUAUGUUAUUGUUUACAGUGGCUGAAUGUUACCCAUAUGGAUGAAAAUAGCUUUGGAGAUGUCUAUUUGUACAGAUUGUAUUUCAUAAUGCUUUAUUGAGACCCGGAUUACACAAAUAAUCGUGAGACAAAGCAGGAAUAAUAACCAAAACCCAUGUGAGGUCUUUUGGCUACGGUGCUUUGGGUGUCUACAAUGUUUGAAGACACAGAGCAGAAAUUUCUCAUGUAUUUGGAAAGUGUUGUCUUUUAUCUUUUUUUUUUGUAAAGCAGACUGCUUUAGGACAAAGUCUUUGCUGAUUCGGGUUUCCCACUGAGUGCAGAGAAGAGAUGCUGUAUUUGUUCUUCUUGCCUAACUGGUAAAAAGCUCCAUCAUUCAUCCAGCACUGACUCUCAAACCUGUGUUGCUUUUACAAUACAGUGAAUAAGAUCUAAAUGUAAUAAACUGCACUGUAUGUUCAGUCUAUUCUUCUUGUUUCAAAAAAGUGUUUCUUUUGUUUCUGUUUCUUUUUUGUUUUGUUUUUUCCAUUUUGUUGUCAUAAUGUAUAAAACAAAGGAAAACUUUAUUGCCUAUAAUGUUAAUAUUUCAAAGAAAAAUGUUUUGUCAGGAAGCAUUCUGUUGUUUAAUGUGGGAGACUACAACCUACUGCAGGACUUGUUAUCAGUGACGAGUAUAUAUACACGCACCAAUAUUUUGUGGCAUAUGCAUAUCUCAAAAUGGAUUUUAGAAGGAAAAGCCUUAUUGUCUUUUAAUGGAUGUUAUUCUUUUCUGUGCAUUUUAUAGUGUCUUUGUAUUUUUUUUUUGUUAAGAGAUCAUUUUUAUUGUAUUUAGUUCACAAACAUUUGAAUAUUUUUCAAUAAUUUAUAUUUUAUAAAAGACGAGAGACGCAGACAGCUGGUGCUUUCAUGGGAAUUUAAAGGUAGCGCAGGACAAAAUAAUGUAGCGGAGUUCUUUUCAAUUGUCUGUUUUUUGUUUUUUUUUUAAUAUAAAAAAUAGACCUGUCUGCUUGAGGAAAAAAGGCUGAUGCUGGCCCAUCAAUGAUUUCUGCUGGAAAGGUUUUAUAAACUGUAGCUUCUAUUUCUAAAAUGUACUUCAAAAUGUUAUAAAAUAUAUGUGAAGAAAGAUUUUA